AAACUUUGAUUUUCUUCUCCGAGAGUAAAAAAUAGUCUGCCAUGCUUGACCCCGUAGAGCACACCUUGGACCAACCAGCUUUUGCCUCCUUCUUUUGCAUAUUGGGUGCUGUGUCGGCAAUCGUCUUUUCAACAUUGGGAGCUGCUUAUGGAACCGCCAAGGCUUCCGUAGGAAUUUCUUCGAUGGCAAUCAAGCAUCCGCAGCUGCUUAUGAAGGCGAUUGUUCCGGUGGUCAUGGCUGGCAUUAUAGCCAUUUAUGGACUAGUGAUUGCGGUCCUGCUGGCCGGAUCUCUUCAUCAUCAUUUAUCCGCUUACAAGGGUUUCUUGAAUCUCAGUGCUGGACUGGCGGUGGGUGUCUCUGGGAUGGCAGCUGGCAUUGCUAUUGGCGUUGUUGGGGAAGCUGGAGUUCGGGCAUCUGCCCAGCAGCCGAAAGUCUUUGUGGCCAUCAUUCUAGUAUUAAUAUUUGCCGAGGUGUUGGGUCUAUAUGGUCUCAUAGUGGCUAUUUACUUGUUUACCAAGUAAUGUAAUGACAUUCAAAAUGUUCUUGUUCUUUUACUUUUUGUUUGUUAAUGAAAGUAAACUGGUUUUGGAUAGAGCGCUCUAUGGUGCAUCAUCA